AUGAUUGUGUCGCGCACCCCAAUCAUCACCCAGGAGAUCCCGGAGUUUGACCAGCAAUACCAGACCUACCAGUCCGAGUUGGAGAAGCGCUUGAUGUGGACCUUCCCGAAGUUCUUCUACUUCAAGAAGGGAACCUUGGCCGAGCGUGCGUUCCGCAAAUUACAGAGAUACCCAUCAGCCCCACAGCCGGGCGUCUAUUUUCCGCACGGUAAGCCAGACAUCAAGUUCGACAGAGACAGAAGACUCAAGCAGGAUAUUGUCUUGAGGGUUCCAGACGAGGUCAAGGUCAACGAGGCCGGUGAGACCAUCACCACCUCUGAGGUUGACGACGAAACCAUUGCGGCCUUUGUGCCAAACUCCCGUACCACCGAGGCUGACAGAACCAACGACGUGCUUUCGUUAGAGAGAAAGCUUUCCCGCACAUUGUACUUGUUGGUCAAGGACCAGAGCAACACCAAGGGCUGGGCGUUUCCAGCGUUUCCGUUGGCCUCCAAGCAGCCAUUGCACAUCAACGCCGAGGUCGGUAUAAAGACUUUGGGUGGUCCAAACAUGAAGUUGUGGACCGUCUCCAACACCCCGUGCCAGUUGUUGAAGUUUUCCCAGGGUCAGUUGGCCGUGGAGUCCGCCGAAAACGUGACCCGAGAGUUCAUGAUCAAGGCCCACAUCUUGGCCGGUGACUUCGAGGCUCCUGGUGUCACGCACGCCUGGUUGACCAAGGAGGAGAUUAAGGAGAAGUGUGACGGUGCCUACUUUGAGCAGGUGGCGCACUUGUUGGCCGAAAACUAG